AUGGCCUCCCUAGCGACUCAACUGAUCACCGUGUCCAUCAUUGCCCUGCAGCGACAGUUGACGCACAACAAUGCGGCGAAUCGUGAGCAGUGGAACACCAACUACGACUACAUUGUCGUCGGUGCCGGAAGUGCCGGUGCCAUUGUCGCCGCACGACUGACGGAAGACCCGAACAUCAGUGUUCUGUUGCUGGAGGCGGGUGGACCGGCCACGGUGAUCUCCGAUAUGCCUGCAGAGGCCUGGAAUGGAAUGACCGGCGAGAACGACUGGGGCUACCUGACAGUGCCGCAGAGGAAUGCGGGCUGGGCCUACAUCAACAACAGGAUCGUCUACCCGCGUGGCAAGGUGAUGGGCGGCUCGUCGACGACCAACUACGCCAUCUACAACCGCGGCAACCGCCUCGAUUUUGACAACUGGGCCAACUACUACGGCCUGACGGAGUGGUCCUACCAGAACGUGUUGCCGUACUUUCUGCGCAGUGAACACAACUACAAUGACAAAUACGUGCGAAACAGUCCGCAGACGCACUCCACCACAGGGCCGAUGGCCAUCUCCAGUCCGCCCCAUCCUGAUCCCAUUCUGCUGCACUACAUGGACGCCUGGAACAACGCCGGCGUGCCCUACACUGACUUUAACGGGCCUAAUCAGCCGGGAACCACUCUCAUCCAACAGGCCAUCUCCCCAAACAACUGGACACGAUCCUCCACCACAAACGCCUUCAUUGAGCCGAUCAUUACCAGUCGGGCCAAUAGCCUGCACGUAGUCACACGGGCUCACGUCACCCGAUUGCUGUUCAACAACAACACCGCCAACGGUCUACAGGCGGCGGGAGUGGAGUUUGUGCGUCGAGGACAGACGUACAGCGUGUACGCCAGACGAGAGGUGAUCCUCUCCGCAGGUGCCACCAACACUCCACAGAUCCUCAUUCUCUCUGGCAUUGGACCGAGAAGCCACCUGCAGGAUCUGGGUAUUCCCGUUCAAGUGGAUCUGCCCGUUGGUGAGAACCUGCAGGACCACAUUCUCCUGCCGACUGACUACCUGGUAAACAAUGCCAGUGACAUUCAGUACUCGCGCAACAUUGACGGCAUCCUCACCGUGCAAAACCUCUACAACUACUACGUCAACAAUGAGGGGCCGAUCAUUCAGCUGCCAGUGGUGCUCACCUACCACUCCACACGCGGCAAUGACAACCCCGCCUGGCCGGACAGUGUCAUGGCCACGCUGACCGACCAGAUCGGCCCUGAGGUGCUCGCCCUCAUUCCCGGCAUGAACAACCAGCCGCAGUGGACCGAGUACUACACUCCUCUGCUCAAUGACCAGCGCCACUUUUACGUCUACUACGCGAUUUACCGCCCUCGCAGCCGGGGCACCGUCCGUCUGCAGUCUCGAAAUCCCUUUGACGCGCCGCUGAUUGACCCGGCCUACUUCACUGACCCGUACGAUCUGGCGGUGGCGGUGGACGUGCUCUCCGCAGGCAUGUCCAUGGCUGAGGGCGACUAUUUUCGCCGUUAUGGCCGCAUCUACGAUCGCCCACUGCCUGGCUGUGCGCCGUGCACUGACGGCCGACCGUACUACCAGUGCUACACCUACCUCGCCUGUGUUGCCAGG